GAGAUGGAAUCAAUAAAGGUCCUUUUCGACUAUAGGUUAUUACCAGAUACUGAAUAUAGUUCCCUGUGCUAUUCAGCUCUCCUCGUUGCUGGCCAAGUGCCAGAGAACCUGUGCACCUGUCUCCCCAUCAAUACCCAACGAUGGGCAACUCCUGCUUCGGCCUCAAGGAACGCCUGAUGAAGCGGCUUCGGCCUCUGCCUACGGUGAUCGUCAUCCGUACCUGCCUGCCCCAGCGAAGGAGCCGAGAUUUCCGCGUGGUGGUCCUGGGCUCGGCCGGCGUGGGCAAGAGCGCGCUGGUGCAGAGGUGGGUGCGCGGCAACUUCCGUGAGGCGUAUCUGCCGACUAUCGAAGAUACCUACCGCCAGGUGCUGGGCUGCAGCCACAAGGUGGGCGCGCUGCACAUCACCGACACCACCGGUGGCCGCCGCUACCGGGGCCUGCAGCGCCUUGCCAUUGCCAGGGGUCACGCCUUCAUCCUGGUCUACUCCGUCACCAAGAAGCACACCCUGGAGGAGCUGAAGCCCCUGUACCAUCUGAUCCGCGAGCUCAAAGGUAACAACCCCCUGAAGUGCCCGAUCAUCCUGGUGGGCAACAAGUGCGACGAGAGCCACCGGGAGGUGAGUGAGAAGGAAGGUGCUGCCUGCGCGUCCGAGUGGAAUUGCGCCUUCUUGGAGACCUCUGCCAAGAUGAAUAUCAACGUGCAGGAGCUGUUCCAGAUGCUGCUGAACCACGAGAAGAAACCCGCCGCCAGCGCCCAGCCCGCGCAGAAGAAAUCCCAGAUCCCCAAGACCGCCGAGAAGCUGCUGGGCAAGUGCAUCAUCAUGUGAGCCCUGGGUCUUAGGAGCGCGACCUUCUCCUUCAGUGUGCCGAAACCAUGGACCGACCCCAUUGUGAUGUGUCACCUGUACAUGACUGACUUCUGUGCUGUGGUUUGAUUGUAACAAUUAGACGUCAAUAAAUGUCCCUUGUGAGUUAAUACCUUUUCUUUUCCCCAGACAGGAGAAUUCAAAUUGUUAAAAUAUGGACAUUGGAGGAGGAGAGGGAAAUAUGGACUUUGGAAGCAUUUAAAAGAUAGGACUUGGACAGACUUUAGAGAUGAAUGUUUGAAAAAGAGAAUGAAACAGCAAAAUGAAUUGAAAGACGCCACUGCCCUUCUUGUGAUCCUAUUAUUGUGUAUUCUUAAACAGUUCAAGUCUUGUAAAUGUCUGAUCAUAUCUUCCCAUUGUGUAUUUAAUUGUUAAGAAACAUGUUUUUGCAACAAAAGCUUUGACAAAUGACUGUGAGACAGAGAUACAUGAUAAAUAAAUGAAUAUUCUAUAGCUGAGCAUUGAGGGUGGGAGCAGAGAAAAUUGUGAAAAUGGAAAUUGCUUACUAAAUAUAUGCUGAUUGUUUCCUAAGUCAUUUAAAAAUGUUUGAGUAUUCUCCAUAGCAGUUUAAAAAAAUUAUAACAAUUCAAUGACUUAAUAAAGCUUUUCCUGCAUGCAA